AUGAAGAAGGCCGCAGAUGAUGCGUUGGUUGAGUCAACUGACAGCGAAACACCAGCUGUGAAACGAAGAAAAGCAGUGUUCAGUUGCGACCGAUGUAAGACCCGAAAAAGAAAAUGUGUCAGAUUCAUCAACAAUGAUGAAGGAGAAAAGACGUCAACUUUUGAUAUAGUAUAUCCGUGUGAAGAAUGCAUCCAAUCGAAAUCGAUAUGCCAUACUUAUCUAGGUCAGAGGAAGCAGACGACGCUGAAGAAGCUGUCUUUGACAGAAAGCGCUUUGACCAAAGACUGCGUGGGACAAGACUCGGAAGCAAAGAUGAAGGAGCUGGAAAUCAAGUGCCAGUACCUAGUAAGCUUGCUCAAGCAGGUCUCUCCAGAUAUCAAAACCGACCUUUUUCAGGAUGAUGAUACGUCGCCCCUAUCUGUUGCGUCGACGUCCUCGUCGGAUCAGAGUUCUCUGGCUCUCGAACUGCAUAGUAAGCCACACAAACUUCCUGGAGCUAUGCAGAUGGAAGAGAUCAAAGAAUUUUCUUCCCCGAUUGAUGAAAGGAAAAGUUUGAGCCAUGAUGACUAUAUAGGCCCCCUAGGAUCGUCAACCUUGCAUGAAACCGUCAUCGGUUUGAUAGGUAGUCCUGGCUCACUGAGAUCCUCUUCUACAGACUUAACUCACUCCGUAACCGGAGAAAACCUGCUGCUUGGAAAUGACAUGCGCCUGAAGUUUUAUGAUAACAACCAGUUAGUCUAUUCAAUCCCAAGGCAGGAGGCCGACCUAUAUGUUUGCGAAUUUUUCGAUCGAAUCCAUUUAAUCUGCAACUGCAUAGAUAAGGAGGAGUUUGUCCGAAUAUAUGAGUUGUUCUGGCUACUUCUCAAGCAUGAAGACUUGCGGUCAAUAAAUUCUACCUUGUUUUUGUCAUCGACGCAGAUUUGCACGAUAUAUUUGAUUUGGAUCUUGGGAAAGAGGUUCAAACACCGUGAUGAUAUGUCGUUGAGUGAUACAUACAUGAGCAUCAUACAAACGACUCUAUCUGAGAUUAUAUUGCGACCAUCAGAAGCUGGGAUUCAGAUGGCGAUUUUAUUUUCUCUAUAUUUAGAGUCUACACAUUCUAGAGAGAGCGCUUGGAUAGUAAUCGAGACUGCAGUCACCCAGGCUAUUUCUAUAGGAAUGAACAAAGUCAAAAGUAGUAGUGUGAGAGAUAUAGAUGAGAAAAACAAGGGCUACUCGAAAAUUUGGUGUACACUUUUUGCGCAAGAAGUCCGGUUGAGUAAUGUGAUGGGUAGGCAAAGUUCAAUAGAUUUUACCGAGGCUGACGUUAGACUCCCCAAGUUCCAGCAACUAAAGUAUUCCAACUUACCCAAAUACUGGGUUCAGCAGAUCAACUCUGAAGAAUAUCAGCUCUACUUCAACAAGUACUAUGAGCUAAAUAAGAUUUUUCACGAAUUUUUGAGAUACAGAUCAUCAGUGAUGGAAGGUACUUCAAUAUAUACUAUAUCAAGUAUCAAGAAGGCAUGGGAGCUGAGAAGCAAAUUUCAUGCAUGGAUAAAUGGGCUUCCGCCGACUUUGAAGAAUAUAUUCGAUAAACCCCCAACAAGCAUUUUCAACUACCAAGUUUAUUUGCACUUGACGUACCACUACUACUUUAUCAAUUUGGGACUACCUUUUUUGAUGUUGAUUCUUAGAAUUAUGCAAUCUGAAAGGCAUAUCAAGUUGAAGAAAACUGACCCAAUAUUUGUUUUAGCUAUUUCUGCUAUUAGCUGUUCAAAACAGUUGUUUACUAUCAUCAAUUUUGAGUUUGAGAAAGACCUUUUCAAUGGAUCUGUCUACAAUGAUAUUUAUAUAUUAUAUCAUAGCACCUUGAUUUUCACUAUUGCGAUUGUUGUGGUGUCUAAUAAAAACGCAGAAUCAAUUUUAGAUCUCAAAUAUCUAGAGGCAAAGAAAAAUGUUUCGAAGGAAAAGAUCUGGCACAUUAUAUCUAAGAUUGGUGAAUUAAACAAAAAGCUGCAGCCUCUUACAUCUGGCUCCAACCGGGAGGUGUCUCAAAACAUUGAAAUGUUAGUUGAAAAUGUCUCCCACUUUCUAGCCUAUGAUAGAGCUGAUGGUAAGGGCGAUAUUCAGGCGCUCGAUCAGUCGCCCGUGCAUACUCCUAACUCCAAGCCCUUUAACAACAAGUUAGACAGUUUAUUCCAUACAAUGAAUAUGAACACGGACGAGCUUUGGAAGAUGAUAAACUGGGACUGGAAUUCAUAUGAAGGAGGCGACGUACUAUUUAAAGAGUUCAACGAAUUAGAUAGCUAUUUCAAGUGCUAG